AUGAUUUUUGGGAAACGGGAGUCAAACAAGGUAAGCGAGCAGCAAGUAUUUAUUCUGUGGUCCAUCGCUCAAGGGAAACCCGUGUCCAUGCUCCAAUACCUCAAGAACGCCCUUUUUGAUACCCGACAUGAUACCCGGCGUGGCCCGAACUUGGGACACAUUGUUACGUGCAUAGCAAAGUAUUUCAAGGUUCAGAUUGACGAACCUGCUCUUGAGUCCGAGUUUAUUACCGAGAGGGACCUUUCCAGUGCCGGGUUUAUCUAUGACGGUUUUCACAUUCGGCCGGUGCACGAGAGGAAGAGCUAUAAGAAUUAUCUGGAGGACCUACAGAAGAGGGGUCCUGCUUCCGAGCCUUCCCACACUGCCGUCGGUCCAUCAGGCGCGGCUCUUCCUCUCGUGCACCGGCCGAAUGUGAAAACGGUCAUAGAUAAACCCGGCACUGGAAAGGUCCCUCUCGGUAUUAAACUCGGACUCGAGAGCAGGUUUGUCAAUCUGGACCUUGAAAUACUUUGCUAUGCACGUAACAAUGUGUCCCAAGUUCGGGCCACGCCGGGUAUCAUGUCGGAUAUCAAAAAGGGCGUUCUGGAGGUAUUGGAGCAUGGACACGGGUUUCCCUUGAGCGAUGGACCACAGAAUAAAUACUUGCUGCUCGCUUACCUUGUUUGA